UCUGUCUCUGGCCCCCGUGUUACAGUUAACGGUAGGAUCAAGGCGAGCCACCAGCGACACCAACAUGUCUUGUUUACUGAAACUGUUUGUGUUGGGGUCAAGUCUUGUCUACAUGGCCAGUGGUCACUAUGUAAAUACAACGAGGUCAAAACGGCAAGCUGGACCAAACUGUCUGUUUUGUGAUAGAGUAAACCUGCCCCAUGACUGUCACCAGAAACUACAGUGUGAGUCAGACGAGGCGUGUUUUACUGACCAGUACAUCACAGAACAGGGACACGUCUUCUAUAAAGUUGGAUGCAGAGCACAAUCACUCUGUGGUACUGGCGCCGUGAAAGGCCGAAGGUCAGCGGUCAGCGGUCGUGAUGUCGCCGUCCACGUGUGCGAGGACUGCUGUGUCGGGGAAUACUGUAACAGAAAGGGAUGCAGCGCGGGACCUCCCAAGGGAACAACGUGUUAUAACUGUGAUUCCAUCAAAGAACCAUCUCGAUGUGAGAAGGUGACAGCCUGUGAAGAAAAUCAGCAAUGCUACAUCGAUGAGGUUCUCACUGACCAAUACGAACUGCGCUUCAAUCUUGGAUGCGUAGAUACGUAUACCUGUGGAAAGAUCACCCAAGGACAAGGCAAGAGGGCAGAUUCCCUGAGCACGUUGUGUACGAGAUGCUGCGACACCGACUACUGCAACCUAGCGUGUGGACAGAAUGCCAACUAUCCUCCAACAAAGCCUACUGUUUCAGCAUCUACGACGAAAGCUAUUCCAACAACUACUACUGCAAAGGUGAUUACAACUACAACUUUAACGACCGUAGUUACAUCUACUCCGACAACAAUGACUACUACACCUAAUAUGAAAACUACCAUCACCGCGAAGACAAUGAGUACGACGUCGAAAUCAGUGCCCACACCGACAACUACUGCAUAUUCAUCAAGUACUUCUACGACCGCAACGUCAACAGUCACAGACACAUCUACUAUUACAACGCCAACUUCGACAGCCGCAUCAACAUCUACAGUUUCAGCUACGCCAAUGACCUCGACAGAGACGACAUCUUCCACCACUUUUCAACCCACCACUGAAUCUAGUGCCUCGCCAACAUCAGCUACAGUAGGCAUGCAGACAUCACCAACAUCAUCAAUGUCCUCUCCAUCAUCUUCAGACACGUCACCGUCCACACAGGUAUCCGCGACGACAUCGUUAUCUUCAGAUACCCCACCGUCAACUUAUGUAUCUAUAACAACAACAGCGUCAUCAGCUACCCCAACACCAUAUGUCGAUGCGUCGACGUCACCGUCUUCUGGCAAUCCGACAUCACCGUCUGUUUCCAUGACAACAGAUUCGUUUUCAGGCACACCGUCAUCUGCAUCCAUGACAACAGAUGCGUUUUCUGAUACUCCAAGUUCACCAUCUGUUGUCAUGUCAACAGAUUCACUAAGCACGCAACCGACACAAUAUGUCGAUUCAUCAACAUCAUUGUCUUCCAACAAUCCGCCGUCAUCGUCUGUUUCCAUGACAACAGAUGUGUUACCCGAUACCCCACCGUCGUCAUCCGCUGCCAUGACAACAGGUUUGUCAUCAAGCGUCCAGCCAGGAGUACAGGUCGAUUCAUCAACAUCCUCGAAUACAGACACACCGUCUUCAUCUUUUGUUUCCAUGACAACAGAUGUGUCUUCAGACACCCCAGCUUCACCAUCUGUUUCCCAGACGACAGAUUCCUCAUUAGGCACUCAACCAACACCUUAUGUCGAUUCAUCAACUUCCUCGAAUACAGACACUCCGCCGUCAUCUUUUGUUUCCAUGACAACAGAUGUAUCUUCAGAUACCCCAACUUCUGCUCCUGUUUUCGAGACGACAGAUUCCUCAUUGGGCACACAACCAACACCAACACCAACAACAUUGUCUUCCAACACUCCGCCGUCAUCGACUGUUUCCAUGGCGACGGAUGAAAUCACGGAAACCACUAUUGCCGACACAGCAGCAACCGACACCACCACCACCACCACCACCACCACCACCACAACAUCAACAACAACACGUGCUCCGGCUGUGUGUUAUGAGUGCCAGUUCGAGAGUGACAUGUCCCAGUGUAGACACUCACUUCGCUGUGAUGAACACCAUCCGUCGGGAAAAGAUUACACAUGCUUUUCGGGUAGAGUUCAAGAUAAUGGAUGCUACUUUACUGCUGCUUGUAUAGAACUGGAGGCAUGCUCGGUCCUGAGGAAUACUACAAAGAACGGAGACAGCAUCACCUUCGAGGGCAAUCAGUACGACGACGUUGAGUGCUGUGAUGGCGUAAACUGUAAUCACAGAGACCUUGUAAUAUCACCAGAGCUCCACGCACUGCACCACUGUGACGAACUGGUAAAUCCUUGACUUGGACUAUAGAUUGACGGAUUGGUAAAUCCUUGACUUGGACUAUAGAUUGACGGAUUGGUCAAUCCUUGACUUGGACUAUAUGUAGAUUGACGGAUUGAUCAACCUUGACUUGGACUAUAGAUUGACGGAUUGGUCAAUCCUUGACUUGGACUAUAUGUACAUUGACGGAUUGGUCAAUCCUUGACUUGGACUAUUGAUUGACGGACUGGUCAAUCCUUGACUUGAACUAUAUGUAGGUUGACGGAUUGGUCAAUCCUUGACUUGGACUAUAGAUUGACGGAUUGGUCAAUCAUUGACUUGGACUAUAGAUUGACGGAUUGGUCAAUCAUUGACUUGGACUAUAGAUUGACGGAUUGGUCAAUCCUUGACUUGGACUAUAGAUUGACAGAUUGGUCAAUCCUUGACUUGAACUAUAUGUAGAUUGACGGAUUGGUCAAUCCUCGACUUGAACUAUAUGUAGGUUGACGGAUUGGUCAAUCCUUGACUUGGACUAUAGAUUGACGGAUUGGUCAAUCCUUGACUUGGACUAUAGAUUGACGGACUUGUCAAUCAUUGACUUGGACUAUAUAUAGAUUGACGGAUUGGUCAAUCCGUGACUUGGACUAUAGAUUCCUGUACAAGAAGCUUCAUUUUGGGUUGGCUCAUUACAUCAUUACCAUUGCUUUAUCAUUGGAAAUAAAACGUGAUUGUGACAUGA